UAACCGUAACGGCACUCUGCUAUCGAAUGCCCGGGAACCUUUACAUUUGAUAAUUGACCAUCAAAAUGUGGAGUUAGUUAGUUCAUGCGCUGUCAUUUUACUCGAUUGCUGAUGGAAAGAAUAUAGGAAGAUAUGAUUACAUGAUACAUUCCUGCAGCUCGCGCUAUACUUACUUCAUUAUUGAAGGAAGCUAGUCGCCCCUUAUAUUCCUAUACUAAAUAAGUGGCUACACUAUGGCUUUAUCGAGGACCCACACGAAGAAUUUUUGAUUAAGGAGCAAAAGAGUAUCAGAAGAGAAAGGCUGGAAGACGAUUAUAUGGACGAAUACUGGGACCGUAGGUACACUAUCAGGGAUGAAAUUCCACCUCAGCUAGAAUCUUUCAAGGAAAGAGUUCUGUUAGCCGGGAAAUAUCUAAAUGUGGUGCGUGAAUGUGGAGGGAUAGCUUCGAGCAAAACUACUCGAAAUCUUCCACAAUCAUUUUCAUUGAUGAUGUUCGGUUUUCCGAGAAUAUCAACAACGCCUAUGCACACGCGAACGAAUCAUUACUUAAAUUACUACUCACAACUCACUAAUUGCCUGCUAGACUGCGGUCAAUGAAACAUUAUUUUAUGCUUGACAGAUCGCAUCUCCUCACCUCCUUUCUCGAGCUAGGAGCAUCUGAGUUUCGAAAAUCAAUCGAUAAGAUCAAUAUGAGUAAGGCAGAAUCUCUAUUGGAUCUUUUUUUUAGAUCAGUCGGGAGCUACUCAAGAUGAUUUUAAGGAAGAUCUUCGGGUUGAAAUGAACUCGAUUAGUCUCAUUGAUUCUUUGAAUCGAGUGGUUAGUAUCUCCGGAAUGGAGCAAGGUGAAAGUCUUGAAGUACCUACUACUCAGAAAAGUGAGAGUGAACGGAUACCUAUUGGAUUUACAUCACUACAGCUAGAUUAAUCGGUGCCAUUCCCCGUCUCACUAGUCAUCAGCCGGAAAACAAUCUGGAGGUACCAAGUGUUAUUCCGAUUUCUACUCUCGUUACAAUAUCUAGAGCGACAUUUGUUAGGGAGCUGCAAUCUCAGAAUAAAGGUGCUGGGUGGUCACAUAAAACAUCGAAUAAGGAGAUUGAAUAUUGGAAACGCCGCGUCUUCAUUUUACGAGCCCGAAUGCUAGUUUUUGUUCAGCAACUUUUGAAUUUCUGUACCUCCGAGGUGAUUGAGCCGAACUGGCAAGUUUUGAUGGCUAAACUAGAAUCAAAUGGCUUAGAUGGUUCGGAACUGGCUGUCAAGACGGUUGACGAGCUAAUGCAGGAUCAUGUCAAACUUUUGGAUACUUGUUUGAAGGAGCGUAUGCUUACUAAUAGUAAACUUUUGAGGGUAUUUUUCGUGGUCGAGGAGCCUGAGCUAAGCUAACCCUGUGGACAGAGACACUCUAAACUUAUACAAACAUGUACUCAUUUCGCUUCAUUUACAGGCCGUCUAUCCAAGGAGUUAGGGAAGUUAGACCCAGAUCUACCGGGACCCAAGCGACCAGCAGCUAUGUGCAAACUGCAAUGGGAACGCUUUCAAAUUGAAAAAUCCCGAUCUACUCCGGACCACCACCGUUCGUCUGCAGCAGAUGAAUCCCCACUAUUCGAUAAAAUGCGCGAUUUGAUGGAUAAAUCCGAAUAUAGCUUUGGGAAAGGUCUUCAGAGCUUCAUCGAUGCAUUAAAUCAUUUUGCGGCGACGGAAACUGUUGUUUUCCUAGGUAUUUGUGCAAGAUUAAGUACGGUGAAUCAGGGGACGGAAUUUAGUGGGUUGAGAAAUGAAGAAUGUGGGGAGGAUUGAUGUAGAGGUCUGAAAUUCUGGAUAAGCAUAUGUUUUCCACAUUUGCCAAUCCUAUGGCUGCCGAUGACUGAAAGUAUUGGAUUGGCAAACCUUCGAUGUGUGGGGUUAGUCGGAAGGACAAUUUGACUUAUAACCUCAAUGAUUCGGUCGAAGUGGUUUUUAAAGUUGCGAGAUAUUUCACUUGUCUUAUAGCAAGAGAAAAGCACACUUUGGCUUCCCUAGAGCUUACAGAAGAUACUUAGCCAGCCUUGUGGUUUCCGGGGCUGUAUCGAAUGCAAGCUAAGAUCUCGACGCCCCAAAUCCAUUCUAAAUGAUCACCCAACAAAUCCGAUGCUUAGUCUCGCUUUCUUUACAUGCUCGCUCCUCCAGAUUCAGGCAAUCCAUAUCCUAAUUC